GUUACCAUGGAAACCCCACGUAUCAAACAACUAGUGUUAGAUUAGAAUGGCCGUAUCUACUAGUACUGUAUCAUUCGGUUCCUCUAAUGGAAGAAACAAGCGAUCACAUAUCAAGAAAGCCACAGAUUCAUCAGUAGAUGAGACAUUGUUUGGACCUCCUGCCCGUCUCUCAAUGAUGACUGGAAACAGAUCAUGGACUGAUGGAGGAGAGGAUCUAACUGGAAGAAAUAGAAAGACUAAGAAAGAUGAUGUUAUUGAAGUUAUUACUAAAGACCUUGUACGGAAUUUAAAAGUGCCAUCAACACCAGAUCCAUCAGGAAUGUCAGUAAUUUUACACCAAAAAGAAUACAAACGACUCAAAACGAAGGCCCAAGUGUUAACUACUGCUGAUAUCAAGACGAAGCAAAGUGACAUCAAAAUGCUGAAGGAGCAGAAAAUGGAGGAAUCAAAUGCGAGGAAGAAACUGAUGCAGCAACUUGAAGAGAAGAGAAGAAAGAAUGAGAAGCCAUCAGACCUGGAAGAAGUAAGAGGAGAUCAAGUUCUGGAAGAAAAGAAAGAAAUAAAAGAAUCUGUCAAAGAGGAAGAAAGACGCCUUGAUGAUAUAAUGGAGGCCGAGAGAUUGAGAGCAAUUGAAGAACAAGAAAAGAAAGAGAGAGAGAAGAAGAUACAGCGACUGCAGGGAGCAAAAGUGAUACACCAGCAAAUCGAUGAGAGAGAAGUUCAAAGAACAUUAGACAAGGAAAGGAAAGAUCAAGAGACACAGCAAAUGCUAAAGUACAUGGAGAGACUCCAGCAAGAGGAUUGGGAGAAUCUACUGAAGAAGAAAGAAGCACAGAAGAGCCUAAUGGAGGAAGUAACCAAAUGCAAUCAUGAGAUUGAAAUGUUGAAGUCCAGAAUGAAAGAGCAAGAGAAAAUGGAAGAUCUCAAGAUAAUGGAAUACCUCAAAGAUAAACAAGCAAGGGAAGAGAUGCUGGCUCAAGAAUUGGAAAAGCAAAAGAUAGAGAAGGAGUUGGAAGUAGCCAGACUGAGGGCACAGCAGGAGAAAGCAAAAGACAAACAAGCAGAAAGAGAUGCUUUGAGAGCAAAGAGGAAUCAAGAGCAAUUCGAGAGAGAAUGGAGGAGAAAGGAGAAAGAAGAAGCACAGAAAAAAGCUGAGACAGAGAGAAAUCUUUGCGAUGCAAGGGAAGAGCAGGUUCGCAAUAAAGAGCAUUUCCUGGCAGUCCAGGCUCAGAGGGAAAGAACUGAAUUUGAAAGAGUUUUAAAGAGACAGCAAGAAAUGAUGUCACAAGAUGAAAGACAGAAACAAGAAAUGGAAGAGAGGAGAAGAAAACAUGCAGCAGAUGUCAGAAAACAAGUAAUUAUAAUU